GCAACACUUUGGAUAACUGGGAACUUUUAGCUGGAGCUGAACAUGCAGCGCAGUGAAAGGUUGUAAAAUUAUCGGACUGGAAAAGCAAAUCUUACCUGUAGGCUAGUAUCUGUGGUGCUGUGUUGUGUUCACCUCAAGGAGUUGGUGGCUCUUCUUGACAUGCUACCAGUCUUCUUGUAGAGAUAAGUGUCGCCUAUUGAUGGCGCCGUACCGGAAAAAAAGGAGCUUUAACGCCGCUGAGGUGUUGAGCUGGAGGAGCAGAGGUAUCAAUGCUGGGUCUCUCAUCAGGCACAAUAUGAAGGUCCUUAGAGACAUCAUCCUCCAGGACAAAAGGAAUUAUAUUAAAGUGUGGAGCAAGACCUCAAAGUCCACAAUAAUGUAUGAGGAUGGUAAAAUCUACUUUGAAAAUUACCAGAGCUGUUACAGCUGUUUUCAUUCAGAGCCUCAACUUCUAUACAAACUGCCUAAACGAUCUAAAGUGGAGAAAUUUGAAGAUGCCUUGCUGUGUCAGAGCCCACUCGACAAAACAUUAGCCUCUCCUUCUGAUCAUAAACCCAGCCUGUUGGUUUUGACAGCCAAUAACUGGCUUUAUCGCCUGUCAGCCAAAACAGGAGAAGAGCUGGAGAGAGUUUUCCUCUCUUCAAAACAUAAAUUCAGGUAUCUUGGCUGGGAUGUUUCCCAAGAAAUUUUUUACGUUAAAUCUGUUCAAAACAAAGAAACACCAUUAGCCCGGCAGGCGGGUGUCACUCAGAAUACAGUGAUGCACCUUGCCAUCUUUCAUGUUUUCCCCUUGCAAAUUGUGGGCAUUAUGGAGAUCAACAAAAAGGUGUUUGGAAAUAGCGUUACUGAUGUUGUUCUGUCUCAAGGGGUCCUUGCUGUGUCCUACAGCACCAAGUCAGUGAAGCUCUUCAGCUUUGAGCACAUUCUGCAAAGGUACAUGGCAGAGAAGAUAACACUUGGUAAGCAGAGUUGUGGAGGCAAAACAGUGGGAGAUGUUCCAUUUGGUAUCCCAGUAAAUAUCGAGAUCACAGAUUGCCCUCCAGUGCUCUUCGAGGUGUCCUGCUCUAAUAAUGGAGUCCAGAUUGGGGGCUACCCAUGGCACUACAUCCACACACCACCACAAAAAUGUCACAAAGGGACUCACCACAUCUGUUCACUUAAGGACAGCACUAUGGCAUCAAAUGGAAUACAGAAUAUGAACUGCUGCUCUCUAGAGAGUGAUGAGAUUUUCUUCCACCCUGACGACUCAGGAAGAAUCAUUCACGUUGGACCGACCAUCAUAAAUGUCUUAAAAAUCCUCGGUGAACUGAACAGCUGUUUGCCAUCAAAGGUAGCUGAAGAUUUCUCCAUGACAACCCAUCGAAACAACAAUCCUACCUCACAAGUCACUGUCACCUCAUCAGGCCGUGCAGUGAAGAGAAGAUUUCAGCAACUGGAUGAUGACCCAGAUCAAGAGACUUUCCGUAUGGUGGAAUAUGAGGAUGAGCUGGACCUUUUGGCAGUGGUGGUAACUAACGGUGAAGAGGGAGAAGGACGAGCUCAGAUCCAACUCCAUGACAACCAAAGUGGGCAAUUACUGCGGACAGUUGAUCUGGUUGAACCGUGGGAUGAGACUUAUCGACAUGAGCUUUUCUUUGACAAAGACACAAUUGUUCAUAUUGAACAAAAGAACACCAACUUCUGCUGCCAUGUGUACAAACUGAAGGCUGCCACAAAAUAGUGGUGCAAUAGUGAAUCAAAGCUGUUGUAGAGCAUUUAACUUUUUAAAAUGUUGUAAUCAUUGUCUCAAAGUUUAUUUUUGAUAUAGCUGUUCUGUUAAAACUUAUAAUGCUGUUUUUCACUUCUGUAUAGUUGUUUCUUUUUUGCAUAAAUUACACUUGAUAAUCAAGUUUCUACAGAACUAAGCUCUUAUUUAAAUCAUAUAAAAUCUCUGCACUGUAUUGCAAACUGUUGACCAUGUUCUUUCUGCCACCUGUGAACUUAUAGGAUUUUUAUACUGUAU